CACUAGGAGGUAUAAGUGCAUGGUCUCAGUCAGUGCAUGGUAUAUAAACAUCAAGAGGGAACACCGAAGCAGUACAGUUUUGUCUGAACUAUCACAGCCUCAACAUGAAAAUUUUCAUCUUUGCCGCUUUGCUUGCCGUUGCUGCUGCCGGAGGAUCAUAUCAUCAGAAAUACCCUGUGGCUUAUAAUACAGAGUACAAGCAAGAAAGCAACUACGGAAAGAGCUAUGACACGCCGAAGGCAUAUCAUUUCGCUUAUGACGUAAACGAUGAUUACACUUACAACAACUAUAAUCACCAAGAGAGCAGUGACGAUAAGGGCUACGUUACCGGCUCUUACAGCGUCUAUCUCCCAGACGGUCGCACUCAGACCGUCACCUACAAGGCUGAUGAUUACACUGGCUACGUCGCUGACGUCAAAUACACUGGAGAAGCCAAAUACCCCGAAUAUAAGACUGCCCCAGCAUACCAGACUGGCACUUACUCCGCUCCAACCUACCCAGUCGAAUACAAAGCUGCUGCGCCUUACAGUAAGCCCGCACCUUCUUACGCCGUUGCUCCUUCAUACCCAAAACCAACUUACCCAGUACCCUCUUACAAACCCGAGUACUCUGCACCAGCACCCGCCUACAAGAAGCCAUAUUCAGCUCCCGUUUACAAUAAACCCGAGUACACCGCUCCAGCACCCGCAUACAAGAUGGAAUACACACCUCCUUCUUACUCCGCACCAGCACCAUACAAGAAGGAAUAUUCGACUGGAGCUUACUAGAACGAUAAAAACCAAUCUCAUACCAUGAAUUAAUAUCGACGAUUUCUUCUAAUAACAUAUACAUUCCCAAUAAUUAUUUGCAUAGAGAGUUGAGAAAUAAAUUUUAUUAUCAUGAA